UCUCAUUAGCAUAAUAAAGCAGCGGGCAACGACCUGGGACCGAAGCAAAAUGGCGUCUCUUGUGACGGAAGACUGCGAGGGGAUUUUUAACGAUCGCGAAGAGGGGCUAGAUGAAGUCGACGGCGCUCCUGCAAGCUACGGGACGAGGGGGAUCUACCUCGGGAAGGAUGCCGACAUCCCGCCCAAGUAUUUUCUGCACAAGAUCUUCUCUCCUUUCAGCGAGGGGAUGCAGAGUUUCCAGCGCCAAAACUCAAAACCGCCAAAACUCAAGUUGCUUCACAAAGACUGGGGCCAUACCAUGUCGCCCACGGUUGCGGGGGAGGGCAGGUUGGGGCUGGUGUGCUUGGAGCCCCUGGGGCCCCUGACUCUGAAUGAGGACCAUGCAAAGAAGGUCGCAGAAACCAUCAUGAGCCAGGCAAAGGAUGUAAAAUGUGAACCAAUCAGAUGGAACCCCACCAACCUGCUGUACCUGUUCAAGGACAACGAGGCGUACCUUGACCUUGGGAAGGCCUUCAGCAAUGGGCAGCUGGACGAGGUCAUGGGGUUCAAGGUCAUCAAGAUAGAACCGGCGAUGUUUGUGAACCCACCCAAGUGUCUGGUGGAGGCUGAGGCAGCUGCAGGACAGGGGGAGGAACUACAGGGGGCGCUGCUACACGUCAUCAAACCCUUCUCAGGUGCCUUCCCCUUCCUGACGGUAAGAGAAGCCAACUCCACGGACAACGGCGCGGCGGCCGGUAACAACCGCGAGGAGGGACCCCCUGCGAAGAACCGGCGUACGGAGGACGUCGUGCCGCCGAUCUCCGUCACGCUCUCCUUCCCGGGGAACAUGCAAUCCCGCGCCGCGCAGGUCACCGACAGGCUUGGGUCAUCCCCAUGGAAACGGGUGAACUUUCCCGACCAAUCAGAGACCGACCCCGCGUUCUACGUCGACGAGCGGAACAGGCUUCCCGCGGUUGGCGUGGCAACAGGCGCGACCUCCGCGGGGGUCAUGGUGUCGGUUUUCGUGCAGGAGGAGGCGAAGUUCGCGGAGAUGGCGGAAUUCUACGCGAAAGUCCUCGGAACCGACGCGAUGGAGAGAAUCACAAAGGAAGGUCAGUCCAAGGUCAGCCUGUUCCCGCUGUCGCCGCGGGCGGAGUUUUACGUGAUCCGUCAGCCAGGGCUGAACCUAAGGACGGCUUCGAACUUGACCUUGUACUUCCAGGUGUCGGGUUUCACGCUGCCCGGCAGGCGGGUCGGCGACGACCACCUGGAGGUCACCGACCCAGAGGGCAACAAGGUCAUGCUCUUCACCGUCGGGAAGUAGUACGCGGGGAGCUACACCAAAAAACAUUUGUGAGGGGGAGGGAGGAAUGUCAGACCAAGGGAGCAUUUUUAAGAAGAAAAUAUUGUGAGGAUUUAGAAAAAAAGACCAAGGAGGAAAAAAUAAAUAAGAAGAGGACCAAGGAUUGCAUCACCAAAUUGCUUAGACAACCAUGUGGAACUGUCGGACCAAAAAAGAAACAGUCAGGCUUUUUUAGUUGUAACAGUAGUAGUAUAGAGGGAGCAGGACAACUGUGUGUUGUGAGGGGGAGGGAGGGCGAACUGGGAGCAAUACACUGAUGACCAACUAUCAUGUAGCAAACUAGCCAACAUUUUUUGGAGGGGGGGUCAUUGAUGUCCUAAAGAUUAGAAUUUGUCUUACGAAACCUGUGUCAAGUGUGUAUACAUAGUUUUAGCUACCAUGGAGAACAUGGUUUUUAGUGCAAUUAGUGAUUUUGAUAUUUCAAGGAACAAUCACAAUGUUAGUGUGUUAAGAUUAGUAGGGAAUUACCAACCAUGCAACCUUGAAUUUGUAAGUUUGCUAAAUCAGUGUAGAAAUGUUUUUGUGUUAAACAUUUAAGAACCCAUUGUCCUAUUAUGCAAAAAGAUACCUUUAUGCAAACAUUUGUGAUGAGAUUUAGAGUAGGAAGAUUCCUAUUUCUACUGGCAAUAGUGAAAUAGUUCUCUGUACGAAGUCACUACUUUGUUCAUUGUUCUAAAAAAAACUUUAAAAGAGUUGUAAAACUUCCCUUCUUGCAGGUCAUUUUACUUGCAGAAAAGAAGUAUAUCAUUGUCAAGCCCUGCAGUUAAGUAGUUUAUGUGAGCCAAAAAAUCUCAAAUUUUUGUAAUAUGGAUAGUGAAGUUUUGGUUGUCAUGGAUGAUAUGGUCUCACAAAUUGAAAGGAAAUGUUUAUACUAUAAACAUAAGUUAUAGCAUAAAGUUGUUGUGUUUGUGGCAGCUAUGAUUAAUUCAGGCCACUCCUAUGUUCUACACUUUCUGCAAACUUGCCACAAGCAUUACUUUCCAGCAUUAACUUUAAUAUACAUAUACAUUUUUUGUAGUUUGUGCAAUCUGAGACAACUUUUCUUUCCUCCAUGUAUCAUGUAGUCUGUGUAACGCAAACUCUGCUGUCCGCGGCUUUAGUGGCCGGCUGGAUGUUGGGCGACUGCCAACCGUAAAGCAAUUUAAUCAGGCUAAGCAUCAUGUAAUAAGGAAGGCUAUUGAUUGAUUGAAAAGUAACAUGCAACAUUGAACAGCUUCCUUAUACUUAGUAUACUGUGUAAUAUAGCUGCAUACAACUUGUGUUUUUGGCCAGACCUGUAAGGGUGGAGCUUUUUAUUCCCCCAGAUGUACAAAGUACAAGUCCACGGUAGCAGUGUAAGAUACCAUGUAUAUAAUGGAACAUGAACACAAACAAAGUGACUUGUUACUUAGAGGUAAAUUCAUGCUGUUUUAAAAUAUGCAGACACUGUAAAAUAGGAUGUACUUGUAAGUCUGAACAGUACAUUGUCAACUGGCAAAAUUUCUUACAAGAGAAUUGUUUGAAAGCACUCUGCAGACUUAUGAAAUCGUCCCUAUGUUAUAAGGCCAACUCAGCAGCUCUGAUGUUUUUAAGUUUUUUGUAGCUCAUCUAUGUGUGUUUCUACUUUCUAAUGCAAUAGAAACUGCCUAGAAACUGCAAUGAUGACAUUAGGACUUUUAUACAAUGUAUAUGGAAAGUUGGCAAAGCCAUUUGGUUGAAAAAGGUACAUUCCAUGAUUUAUACUUAACAGUGGAUUUGAUUUUGAACUGAUGAAAAUUCCUCAGAUAUAUGCAUGGUGCGAAAUGAUGUUUUGAAAAAAUGGCCCCAAAACAAAUGAAUGUCAGGAAAGACAAAUCAAACUUUAUCAUUUCCAAUGAAAAGAGGAAACUUGGAUUAUGGUAUGAAGUACUUUAAAAAUUGUAAAUAUUCAGGUCUUUGCUUUUGUUUCAAUUAUUGUGUAGAUUUUGUAUGUCAUUUUUAAAUAGAGCGUGUGUUUUUUCCUAGAUGAAAUUUUGUCAAUGUUGCUACUUUUUGUGCACAGUCCUACAUGUAUGUGAUAUAUUAGCCAUGUAAAAAUGUGGUUCAGUUUUUUUUCUACCCACUCCAGAAUAGGAAAUGGAAGACUAUAACCUGAAGUGUGUGUAGUGUUAGUAGGAGACUCCGCCUGUACAAUAAACACUGGAUAUUCCUACAUUUAGGAACAUCUCAUCA